AUGGGUGCCUGUAAACUAGCUCCAGUCAAAAGUGGUUCGCAGUUUUCACUUCGCCUCUUCUUAAAACUACUGAUCGCUUUUUGUGCCCUACAACAAUGUGCUGCACCGGUGAAAGCGGAUAUUCAGCCCAUCGAGUCAGAAAAAAACAUCAGUGACAGUCGCGGAAACGAUGGCCAAUUUUACCAGAGUGAAUCGAAGAGUAGUCAAGCCGUCAAGGAUGCCAUCUGGGGUCAGUUGGCCAAUGAACUGCAAGGCCGGGUACUCAAAGUUACCACUUUGGAGGACUGGCCGCUCAGCUACACUGAGCGCAUCAACGGUACCCUGUAUGGCCGCGGAGUGGCUUUCGAGCUGUUCGAGUUCAUCAUGGAAAAGUAUAAGUUCAACUACACGCUGGUAAUGCCGGAGCACAACAUUGUCGGGUCCACCAACGACAUGGAAGGCAGUGUUAUCGAGCUGCUGGCCCAAGAAAAGGCGGAUGUGGCCGUAGCCUUCCUGCCUAUCUUAGCCGACGCACGACAGCACAUACUCUACUCAGCCGGACUGGACGAAGGCGAAUGGAUGAUGAUAAUGGUACGGCCAAUGGAAUCGGCCAGUGGUGCCGGUCUGCUUGCUCCGUUCCAGCGCGAUGUAUGGAUUUUGAUUCUGGUUUCCCUGCUAGCAGUCGGACCGAUCAUCUAUGCCUUGCUCGUGCUGCGGUACAAGAUGACCAAAGAUAAGGAACAGGCCCUGUACCAUCUGCCCCAUUGCGUGUGGUUCGUGUAUGGUGCGCUGAUGAAACAGGGUAGCACUCUGUCCCCCACGGGAGACUCCACACGCAUCCUGUUUGCCACCUGGUGGAUAUUUAUAACACUGCUCACCUCGUUCUACACAGCCAAUCUAACCGCUUUCUUGACGCUAUCGAAAUUCACCCUGCCUAUCAACAGUGCCGAAGACGUGCUCCAGAAGGAGAAGCAGCUCGUCACCAUCCGUGGCAAUGCGAUCGAAUAUGCCAUCAAGAACAGUGACGAGGCCUUGAACUCGCUCAGCGCUCUGGUGGACAAACAUCUGGUCGAAUUCACAACAAAUCUGAACGACAGUGACAUCCUGAUGACAACAGUGGCCAAAAAGAGCUACGUUUACGUUCGGGAUCGACCGGCUUUCGCUCAUAUGGUCUAUAGCGACUAUCUAGUCCGACGCAAGGUUAAUCCGGUCAACGAACGAAGCCACUGUCCGUUUGCAGCUGCCACUUCACCGUUUCUGAAAAAGGUUCGAGCCUUCGCCUAUCCGAACACCACCCGUUGGAACAUUUUAUUCGACGCACAGCUGCUGAAUAUGGUCGAGGGAGGCAUCGUUAAGUUUAAACUGUUAGAAAACCUCCCAAAAGCUGAAAUAUGUCCACAGAAUCUGGGUGGUACAGAGCGACAGCUGAAAAACCGUGACUUAACCAUGACCUACUUGGUGAUGCUAACCGGAUUCGGCACAGCGAUUGUUGUUUUUGUAACGGAGAUGUUCUUCCGAAUUCUGAACGAACGUAAAUUCAGCAAAGAACCGCAAUCCGAGUCCCGGAAGAUCCCCGCAGCGAUAGAAAAACUGACCUACUUUAACGGCAAGCCAAGAUCCCUUGGCGAUUCACCACCGCCCCCGUACGCGGAGAUUUUCAGCCGGCACACGAACGGAACGUUAGGAUUUUACGGUAGCAAUAUCGAUCCAACCGCUGGAUCCCGUCGGAUGAUCAACGGUCGCGAUUAUAUGGUUGUGAAGGAGAAAAACGGCAUCGGAUCGCAACUGAUUCCGAUCCGAGCCCCUUCCGCAACCAUCUUUCAGUAUACGUACACUAAUUAA